AAAAAAGUUUGGGUACGUCAAUGGCAAGACGACUCAUCGUGCGGGCACAUUUCACGUACAAAGACCAUUCCACCUAAACUACCACUUUCAUUCACGAGCACCACAAGGAUCCAGCGACAAUGUCAACUUUUGGCGAUUACUUCCGCGUGACGACUUAUGGAGAGUCCCAUGGCAAGUCGGUGGGGUGCAUUGUCGACGGUGUCCCGCCUGGCUUGGAGCUCAGCGAGAAGGACGUUCAACCACAGAUGACACGCCGAAGACCCGGACAAUCCGCUCUCACUACACCUCGCGAUGAGAAAGACUUGGUGGAGAUUCAGAGUGGUACAGAGUUUGGCGUUACGCUGGGGACACCUAUUGGCAUGCGGGUCAUGAACCAGGACCAAAGGCCGAAAGAUUAUGGAAAGGAUGGAGCGACGUUCAAUGGACAAGUGGCUGGUGCGAAGCCCCAGAGGCCUAUGGAUGAUUUUCCUAGACCUUCACAUGCGGAUUGGACGUAUCUGGAGAAGUAUGGCGUGAAGGCUUCAUCUGGUGGUGGGCGAAGCUCUGCGCGUGAGACCAUUGGACGUGUUGCUGCUGCGGGUGUGGCAGAGAAAUACUUGAAGGUCGCACAUGGAGUGGAGAUUGUGGCUUUCACGAAUAGUGUUGGGCCUGAACAUCUCUUUCCUUCGACGAGGACGCACCCUAGUCCUUCUACGAACCCGGAGUUCUUGAAGUUGAUUGAGGGCGUGACGAGAGAACAGGUCGACUCUUUCUUGCCUGUACGAUGUCCCAAUGGAGAAGCUGCGAAGCGGAUGGAGGAUCUCAUUGGGGAAUACCGAGACAAGCACGAUAGUAUUGGCGGGACAGUCACAUGUGUGAUCCGGAAUUGUCCUUCAGGGCUGGGUGAGCCGUGUUUCGAUAAGUUGGAGGCCAAACUAGCACAUGCGAUGUUGAGCAUACCAGCCACAAAGAGCUUCGAGAUCGGUUCAGGACUUGGUGGUUGCGAAAUGCCAGGCUCAAUUCACAACGAUCCUUUCGUCAAAGCUCCCGCUGUCCCUCCCUCAGCAAGCGGAGCGGCACAAAACCCAAGCUCUCGACCCAGACUGACGACGAAGACCAACAACUCUGGCGGCGUUCAAGGCGGUAUCUCAAACGGCAUGCCCAUCUUCUUCACAGUGGGUUUCAAGCCUCCUGCUACGAUCGGACAAGCACAGCAAACCACCACAUAUGACGAAGAAGAGGGCGUUCUCGAGGCGAAGGGGAGACAUGACCCUUGCGUUAUUCCUCGCGCUGUGCCGAUCGUGGAGUCGAUGGCUGCGCUUGUGAUCAUGGACGCCAUAUUGGCACAAAGCGCGAGGCAAAGCGCACGGAGUUUACUUCCUGUUGUGAACAACAAGUUGAUUGUACCGAUUUCGGAACAACAGAAUAACUUGACGUCGCCUGCGAAUGGACAUGCGAAGUAGAAUUGGGUUAGCUCUAGCUGUAGGAUUAUGGCAGCACACGGGCUUCUUGCUAUAAGCCUCAUCAUACGCAGUUUGCAGGUUCGAUUGCCUGACGCUUCGUUGGAUGGUACGCUCUGAACCGCACGAUAUGCUCCAACACUCUAUAGUCUAAGAAAUGACUGCAACGAUAAUGCCAGAAGAAAACACACACAAUCAAACGCUCAAUGCUGGCCUCGGACUCCCUCUCAUUCCCUUCGUGCGAAAACACUCCCAUUUGUCAUCCUUAACUCUCCUCCAAUUCACUUCGUUCACCGCACCUAAGACCACAUCUCCCAUUCCCAUAACCUCCAUCUCCAUCCAUACAGUCGCCACACCGUUCACUUCGUCCAGAUCCACAUUCGAAUGUGUAAUCUCGAAUCGUACAUUUGGCAUUCCUGCUGCUCGUGCUUUCCAGAGCUUGACUUGUUCUGACCAAGUCACGCCCUGAGGUUGUGUAUCCAUGGAUCCGGUCCAGUCAGGCGUGAUGCAAGAUGCUAGCUCUUGGACAUCUGGUCCUUGAAGAGAAAAGUCUUUCGUGUUGAUGAUUGUUGGAAAAGCGCAUGAGAGGCGAUUGAGACGUGAGGCUGUAGGUUCUCCGGGCACGUUGUCGUUCGCUUUUGGUUUAGAGGAGAGUGUCAUUGUUUCCAGAGGGCCGUGAAAAGCCAUGACUGGUACUGUGUGACGGACUUGAGCAUACGCAAGGACCUGGAUCCUUCCGAAAACUCUUCCACGG